UGCUGCGUCUAUUCGCAGCAAAUUGGUUGCACACUUGCCCUAAGUCCGAGGGUAUACACGGAAAAUCCCGGCAAUUAUUGUGCCAAGUGCUUUGGGAUAUGUGAUUGCGAUACUGCCACAAUGUUGCAGCCCCAGUCACGAUCAUACCGGGCAUUAAGCAUCUCUAACAGAUAUCGCUCUCUCAAAUAUAUAUCUGCCAUUUCUAAAUGUGUCAACAAAAUUUCAAACCUUUUUUUUGUGUUCUAAAAUUUGUUGUAAAAGAUGAUAUAUUUUUCUGGUAUAAUUCUGGCAACGAUUGUUUUGUUCAUACCCGGUCUUCAUGGUCAGUGUGUGGAUUGUGCGCAGACCUGGAAAACUGAUUGCAGGCCAAAAGAAACGGGAUUUUAUUGUAUGCGGGGCGCCGAACUAACCAGCGAGGUACUGACGUACUCUGAAUAUGCGACGAGCACUCGAGAUCCCGGCAACAUGUAUGCACACUGUGUGCCCUAUCCCUACCAUCUGGAGUAUGUGCCAAGCUGGUGUUGUUUCUGGUCGAAAGUGAUUGGUUGCCAAAUUGCGGUGCAUCCGCGUCUCCUCAGGCAGUUAUCGCCACAAAGCCACUGCGAUCACUGCAGAGACAAAUGCAAAUGUGGCGAUAACAAGGCAACAGUUGCAGUGCAACCCUGGCAUUGGAAUUAUCUGAUCAGCCUGACAGUAUUGCUAACUGUUUUUAACUGCAUUUAGUUGAGUUGUUAGAUGAAUGUAUUUCUCAGUGUAUUCUUUACAGAUGUACAGAAUGUAACUGUUAACUUUACUGUUUACUGAAAUACAUGUAAACUAUUUGUGUGUCUCAAACACAGUGUGAGUCACAUAUUUAAAUAAAGUUUUUGUUUUAUGUGU